UAAUCAUCGCCGUCAACGCAUAUUCUGCUCGCACGCCUCUCUUGAUCGGCGCGUUCCUGUUUGAGCAGGUGCACGAGUCGAAUUCUGCCAAACUACAUCUCCAUUAUGCCUCCUGCUCAGAUUAAGCAAGAUAUUAACCGGUCAGGAUGGGAGUCGACGGAUUUCCCCUCCGUCUGCGAGAAUUGCCUUCCAGAGAACCCAUACGUUCAGAUGUUGAAGGAGGACUAUGGCGCAGAAUGCAAGAUUUGUACACGCCCGUUUACAAUCUUCCGCUGGAAAGCCGACCGCACUGCGCGCACCAAAAGAACCAACAUCUGUCUGACCUGCGCACGGUUGAAGAACUGUUGUCAGUGCUGCAUGCUCGAUUUGUCCUUUGGCCUACCUAUCGUUGUGCGUGAUGCCGCGCUCAAAAUGGUUGCCCCCGGGCCCCAGAGUACCAUCAAUCGCGAGUACUACGCCCAGGAACAUGAGAAGGAGAUCGAAGAAGGUCGCGGUGCUGUGGAGGAGUAUGAGAAGACAGAUGAAAAAGCACGCGAACUCCUCCGACGACUUGCUACUAGUGAGCCGUACUAUAGAAAGCCUCGCCGACUGGAAGCGCCCCCGGCUGAAGACGAGAACGAGGCGCAGCCGUCAACUGAAUCAUCGGUAACACACAGUCGCUAUGGGAAUGGUCCUGGACCUAUCAGGACAAGUGAAAGCAGACGUGGGACUGCUCUACCAGGUCGAGGAUGGGGGAAUAUGCGAGGUGGUCGUGGUGGCCGUGGUGGUGGGCGUCCAUUCCCGAGUACCGCUCAACUUCCACCGACUGAAGAGGAUAUCCUUCCGCCAGUGGACCCGAAUAUCACUUCUCUUUUUGUUACAGGUGUAGAGGACGACCUUCCCGAACAUACUCUUCGAGGCUUUUUCUCGCAGUUUGGACAACUCCGAUCUUUGAUCUGUUCGCACCGAUCCCAUUGCGCUUUCGUCAACUUUGCUACCCGUGAAGGUGCUGAAAUAGCUGCCAAGCAAUGUCAGGGCAAAGCAGUCAUUCAAGGUUGCCCUCUCCGCAUCCGGUGGGGAAAACCGAAGCCACUUGAUAGCAUGGACCGGGAAGAGCGGUUGAAGAAUGCCCGUGAAGGUCGGCAAGCUGUUACAGCUACUAGGGGAGCAGGGACUGGGAAGAAGGCUAUUACUGCUGCUGGAGAAGAGCUUGGGAAGGAAUCCAGAACGCAGGCGUAUGCGGUGGCGCCGCCUCCAGGUAGCGGCAGUGUUCAGUACUCUAGUCUGACCGGAGAUUAGUUGCAUUAUGAUGUUUCUGUUUGGAUUAGUGCACUUGCCACAUUUGGGAAUCAUGGUUAUCUCAUGUACAUGAAGCGGGCGUUGUUGUUAUUGCUGUUAUAAUAUUUCUUCUUAGUCUAUCUCCAAGACAAUACCCCCAAAAGACAACAUCAAAUAGGGAAAUGA